AAUAAAAAUAAAAAAGACCAAAAACAAAAUAGAUCAUGGGUUUCAGAAAGAGAAUCUUAAAAUAUUAGUAGUACAAAGUACAAUCAUUUUAUGCUUAAAGACUUGUUCCAAGCCGUAUCCUAUCAAAACACUGCAAGUCUCUCUCUCUUUCAAGCCUUGUCGGUGGUUGAAUCGAAAGCUAUGUCUCAGACCGUUGUUCUCAGAGUGGCCAUGACAUGUGAGGGAUGUGUUGGAGCUGUGAAAAGAGUUCUUGGGAAAAUGGAAGGCGUGGAGUCAUUUGACGUUGAUAUAAAGGAGCAGAAAGUGACGGUGAAAGGCAACGUGCAGCCAGACGCAGUUUUACAGACCGUGACGAAAACCGGAAAGAAAACGGCUUUUUGGGAAGCUGAAGGUGAAACUGCUAAGGCUUAAGGAGAAGCAGAUCAUUUUAUGUGAUUCUCUGUUUUAAUAAAAUCUAUGUGAAAUCUUUUUAUUUUCUUCUUCUGUUGCUUGUGACUUGUGGCUGAGUGUAUUGGAACUAUAGAUGAUACAACACACUUUUGAGUGAAUAAAUAUGCACUGGGGCAUUAUCUGGUCUGAUAAAGCAGGAGCCGAUAACAAGCUUAGAAGAAUUCUUACGUAUGAAAGCAGCUCAGCGUAAUCCAAUUAGGCUUAUGGCAACCUUUUUCCUUGGGCUUGCAAAAUUGUGUUUUCACUAGCUGGAGGCUUAAAAGAUGAGAUGACCAAAGACCAAAGUCAAAAC